AAGUCAGUUGGCGAUAUCGAGACUGCGAAGGAGAAAAAAGACCGUCGGCCAAAAGGAGCCGAGGCGCGCGUUCCUGCGAUGCCGCUGCCCUUGCCUCUUGCAGACAAAGGGGGACGGCGUGCCGCGGUUCUGCUAGUCGCCGCUAACUUUACGGCGGAGUGACUCUCCAGAGGAGUUGGACAGGCUGCCAACGAGGAGGACGGCGAGGACACGGCUGGAGAAUGCUCUACUGCCCGUGGGAAUAACAUCGGGCCUCAUCACGCACCCUCUCGGACAUUGACGCACUCGAGAAGAAGGAUGUCCGGAAUCAGCAAAAGGACGUAUCUUCGUGAGGUGAAUCCCCAUCUCAUUUGUCCGCUGUGCAGGGGCUAUUUGAUCGACGCGACCACCGUCGUCGAAUGUUUGCACUCCUUUUGCCGAAGCUGUAUAUUGAAGCACCUGAGGAAAGACGCCCAAUGCCCGUCCUGCAAGCAUUUGCUCAACACUGCCAAGCCAAAUAUCAAAGCGGAUAAAGCAUUGCAGGACAUUGUGUACAAGCUGGUACCGGGCCUCUAUCACAAAGAAAUGAGAAAGAGAAGAGAAUUCUACAACAAACACCCGGAGCACGGAUUCGCUGUAAGCCUGAACCAUCUUGGCGGUGCUGACUCGGCGACACCAGAGCAGCGCGGCGAGGACGUGAGCGGUAGGCUGAUAUUUGCUCCGGAGGACGCGAUAAGCUUGAGCCUUGAGUAUCUGCCCAUCGGUGCCGAUCCGCUGACUCUGCUCUCGAACAACAACAGUGACGUCGAACUCAGCCAGACCUCGCCUUCGAACAAUUCGAAGCAGAAAUUUAACGGCGGUGUGGCCAAUAGGCGAUACCUCCAGUGUCCGGCACUCGUCACCAUCGCUCACCUUAAGAAGUUCCUCGGCCUCAAGUACAGCGUCGACAUGACCAGAUACAAUAUCGAUAUUUGCCACAGACGGGCACCACUGCCGGAGCACUGGACUCUCAUGGACGUUGCCUACAUAUUCGCAUGGAAGCGGAAUGCCCCCAUCAGAUUCUUUUAUCGUAUAACACAAGAAGAGCAGCAAUUGGAGGCACCACCAAACGAUAGGCCAUCCACACCAGGUCUUGGCGCUAGUCAGCCUUUAACGAACGAGCAGGCUUGCGAACCAGCGGAUAAAGAGCUGGAAUCGAAUUCCAAGGAUAAAAUAUCGAAGAAAUUAAUCGAGCAAAAAGUAGUCAGUAGCCACAACUCGACGCAAAUUCAGCCUGACGCGCCAUCUCAGAAUUCUAGCGAAAUGAACAAAAUUGAUCCAAACAAAGCUCAGGAACUAUUAUCAAAGCGUUCAUUGCCAAUCAAUAUAAAAGAUAAUAAUGUAAAUGAUAUCGCGAAGGACGUGGAGAGCAGUAGUGACAUUAAAUAUAAUAAGCAAACGCCGCAUUCGGCAUUUGGUGUUCUUUCUAAGAGCGACGAAACGAUGAAACAGGUAAAGAGUCCCAUUAAAAUUUUAAAGAAUCCCGAUGGUCGUUAUCAGGUACUACGUGGGCCCAGUGCUCCCACAAAAAAUGGCACUACAUCGGAUGAUCGUGAAGCUAAUGCUGCAUUUGCAAAAGCCUCACCCUCGGAGCUAAUAACGACACCGGCAGAGUUCAGCGUUGUAAGUAUCGGCGACAGCGCAAACUCUAACGGUGUUAAAAUUACGUUAAAACAAUGUCAGCCCGGCAGUACUAAUAAUAACAGCAACACGAACAGUUCCAAGAAGCCCAAGGUUUUAAGCAAUGUCUUACUGAAAAACUCGCCGCAGAAUGAGAAAACGAACAACCUCGGUGUGGUUGAUCAGGCGCAGGAUAUUCAAAAGCAAGAUAAGCAAAAGCGAAAAGUGACAUUCAUGGAUGUCGAAUCCAGUCAAAUAACUCCAUCCAAAUCAAAGAAGUUGAUCAACGGCUCAACGGAUCAGAAUGAUAAAAAGCAGUUUUUGCACAGCUUUAGAUUAACUUCUAAGCAGACAGCUGCCACAAUUCAAUCAGGUAAUCGACAGCAACGUCAGGACUCUUCGAAGCAGGAUCAGUUGGUUGCCAACGAUGUCGAUGCGAAUAGCGUUGAGGCCCAAGUAAGAAAUAUACUCAAGAGUAGUAAUCGCCUGUUGUACAAUCGUCAAUUUCUCAAUAAUAAGGACGAGACAUCUAUAACAUCAGCGGCAAAGAAACGACAGGCCGAAGGCAAAAUGAUGCCGAGUAGCACGGUCGAGCACCCGAUUGAUGUCAAGUCAUCGGCCAAUAGCGAAAACAACUCAUCUUCAACGAUCAGCAGUAGUAACGGGCAACAGAAGCAGCAGAACCAGUCCCCGCAGCAUCAGCCGCAGCAGCAACCGCAGCUGCAGAAACAACAACUGCAAUCCCAACAAAUGCAACAACAGCAGAAACAACUGCAUCAGCCGCAGUUGUUACCGCAACCGUCGCAGCAGCAGCCAACGUCAUCGUUAUCACAACAGCAGCAGCCAACACCAUCGUUAUCACAACAGCAGCCAAUCGAUGUCUAUGCGUUUCCCAAUGAUCCACCGUCGAUGUUGCCAGCAGGGGCUGUUAAAAGAAAAUGUCCACCUGGCUUGCCGAUUUUUGAAUUACGCAAGAAGCAACAACAGUACCAGACGGGUAAAAGAUCUGGAGUGAAUUCGGGACGAGGCGGCGGGGCCGUGAAAUGCUACAGGAAUCAGUCGACAAAACCGAUGGUUUAUUCCAAAUCGUCAUUAAGUCCAGUUAGAAGCUUGCAAAACUCUACGGGGAACAUUGCAAGUAAUAAUAAUACCGUCGCUACUUCGUCGAACGCCUCUGUAAGCUCAACGUCUCCGAAAAAUGCGUCUUCGUCAUCGCUGAUAUCCAGUGACACUCGUAAUUUGCUCGAUGGUUGUGGGCUCAAUAUACCCGCGAGUUUGAGUAUCACUUUAACCGCACCGAAGUCACCGAAUCGAAACUGUGAUUCCGCCCUCGAUCAUCGGACCUCAAAGGACGCCUCUCAUCAUCAGAAUAACUUGGACAAGUUGAAUCCAACCAUUACUCUAAAUGACAAAUCCGUAGAUCCGCGGGUGUUAAAGGCCUUGAAGGCUGGACAAAUGCGAAUGCCUAUAGUGAAUCCGAAAGGCAAAGGCAGGCAGCUGAGCACUGAACAACACGGAUCACAAGCAAAGAGGAAAAAGGAGGAUACGCCUUUGCAACAAUCUCGCAACAUUUUAGAUCUCAGUGCAACUAAGAAGGUGGACCUGCAUCCUUUGAGAAUUCCCACACCGCUUGGAAAAUUCAAAGUUAAAUCACCGAAUUGGUCUCAAGCCAACAACGCGCCUAAAUUUUCUGGCAAGGAUGAUCCGGCAAAUUACAUGGCUAAUGGUCAAGUGGUAACUUUGACGGGCGGCCAGAGGUUCUAUCGUGCGCCACCAGGUUCCUUAACUCCGGCUGUCCACCGGAUUAGCGACAUGCCAACACCCACGUCGACCCGCUCCCCCGUAUACGCACCCUCGUGCUUCUCCAGUUCCACAGCAACCAAUCGCCCAGCUACGAAUCUCUCUUCGGUUUUUCCCAGCUUGCAGAGCCUUUAUGCACUUAGCCAGGCACCGAGUCUCGAGCAGUUUCACAUGGACUCGCGAUUGAGGAUGGCCGCGGCGGCCGUUGCUGUCAACACCGCUGCCGCCACCACUACCACUACCAACAUCAACACUAAUCCUAACGCCAAUACCAACGCCAAUGCCACCGUCAACUCCACCGUCAACUCAAGUACCAACUCCAAUUCCAAUUGCAAUUCCCAUGCCAACGCUAACGCCAACGCCAACUCCAAUGCCAACUCUAACGCCAACUCCAACGUCAACUCCAAAGCCAGCGUCAACGCCAACGUCAACAACAACGCCAACACCAACGCCAACGCCAACGCCAACGCCAACGCUAACGCCAACGCCAACGCCAACGCCAACGCCAACGCCAAUGCCAACGCCAACGCCAACGCCAACACCAGCAAUACCAAUAUCAAUACCAACGCCAUCACCAACGUUAAUACUAAUCUCAGCGCUAAUGGCAAUUCCAAUGUCAACGCCAAUAUCAGUACCAAUACCAUUCCUAAUGGCAAUGCCAACGUCAAUGUCAACGCCAAUGCCAGCAUGAACGUGAACAUCAACUCCAAUACCAACGGCAGCAGCAACAACAAUAAUAAUGAUAAUAAUAACAGUAAUAAUAAUAAAAAUAAUAAGGAUGUCGCCAAUAGCUCAUCUUCGACGGCAAGUAGUAUCGGAAGUCAGAUUGGCAAAAGUCACAUUGCCGCGCAAUGUGCACCAGUAAAGCCGGUAAGGUCCUCCGUCGGCUCGUUCGCUUUGCCGAUUGUCAAGCAAUCGGUGCCUGGGAGUGCGGUCAAGAUGUCUGGCAAUAAUACCGUUGGUGUAAAAGGGGUGGUCAGUUCCCUGAGUCUCGGUGAAAGCGAGACGUCAACUACCACCGGCAGCGAUUCUCUGGCUACUGAACAGAAGCCGAAGAAAAGCGAGAGCCUUAAAGAAGCUUCCCUCAAAGUUGAUUUCGAGCAAAGUGAAAAUUGUGCAUCGUCUACGGAAGAGGGGAAUUCAGAACAGGGCUCGGCUAGUCCGAGGGUCACGUCGACGGCUUCACCCCCGCCACCACCAAGCAACGAGGAUACGGUGAAUGUUGAAAAACCAUCACCCUCGACAAAAUUGGAAGAGUGCCAGCCAUCGUGUGGCUCCGAAGUGACAAGCAGCAACAAAUCACCAGAAAGUCCGGACUCCAGCUCGGUUGUAAUGGAAAGCGCGGGGAAUCUAGUCGACAGCACAAAAUCGAUGAUGGAGAAGGACGUGGAUGCGUCACCGGUAAAGGAUUCGGGAAUUAAAGCCACGGCCGACGAGCAGUCGAACGAUAGCAAGCCAAAUGGCAAAAUCGACGCGGCAAAUUUUAAAAAGCCUAUGACAUCCGAGGCUUUGCAAAAAAGAUUUCUAGCUGCUUUUCCAUCCAACGAGUGGGCGAACAAUCCCAUAGCAGCCGAACAGUUUGGAAAUUUUUUAAAGAGUCUCUCCUCGAUGCAAGCCGAAGCUCAAUCAAAGAACGCUAAGGCAGUUGAGUAGGGUCGAAGAAGACGAUAAACAUUAUACUCUUUAUUUAAUCGGAUAACAAUAUUUAAAAUAUUUAUGCACAAUUAAAGCUACACCCUAGUAAUGUUGAGAAAAAGAAAAAAAAUUGGGUUUGAUAUUGGUGUUUUUAGUAAUUAAUCGAGCCUUUUUAAUAAGAAUUAAAUAAUGUGUAGUAAAUUAAAAGGGAAUGAUGAGUUGAUGGAAACUAGCUAUAUGACUGCCAAAUUAAUAUCCACUUUUCCUACUAAUGAUCGAUCCUCUCUUUUAAUCGAGGCAUUUUUAACGAUCAGGAAGAUGAUGACUGAUGUGGGAAAUUUUAAAUACCAUUGUGAUAAGGAUUUCUGUAUUUGAAAAUAGCAAUUUUUAUACUUCA